AUGGCCUCUACGCAUGUUCCGACUAAAACUUUCUCCAAAACCUCGGUUUUCAGUUUACAACUAUGCCCUCCGGUUCACCCUGCGCUAACGCCUUUUCUUUCUUUCUACAGGUCGCCUGUCGGAAUAUCAGGUCAUCGGCCGCAAACUCCCCUCAGAUGCGGAUCCGACUCCAAAGCUGUACCGCAUGCGCCUCUUCGCCCCCAACACUGUCGUCGCUAAAUCCCGCUUCUGGUAUUUCCUUAAGAAGCUCAGGAAGGUCAAAAAGAGCGCUGGUGAGAUUGUGUCUUUGAAUGUGGUAUGUCGGGAAUCAUCCAAUAAAAAAAGGGAUUGUGGGAACGGGUGACUGAGAAGGGUUAUACGGGGGGACAGAUCCAUGAGAAGCGUCCUCAGAAAGUCAAGAACUUUGGAAUCUGGAUCCGCUACGACUCCCGCAGCGGAACUCACAACAUGUACAAGGAGUAUCGUGAACUUUCCCGCACCGAUGCCGUCCAGUCCCUCUAUCAGGAUAUGGCCGCCAGACACCGUGCUCGUUUCCGGUCGAUCCAUGUGAGUCACGGAUCCCUCCCGUAGGAAUUUAUUUUGACAGAGAUCUAAUGUGUUAUCUUUUCCCGGGAUUUAGAUCCUCAAGGUCGUCGAGAUUGAGAAGGCCGCAGAUGUCAGGCGCCCAUACCUUAAGCAGCUCAUCACCAAGGGUCUGAAAUUCCCUCUCCCUCACCGUGUGCCCAGGGCCGUUGGCACCAAAGUCUUUUCAGCCAAGAGGCCAAGCACCUUUCAUUAGUGUGGAGUCGUUGUUAUAGGGGUGUUGUGUUUUCUCUUGUUUUCUUCGGGUCCUCGGGUGGUUGUGAUUCUAUGAACAUAAAUACAUACAACUUGUCAUCGGGGACAGUUUUUCAAAACAAUAAAAAGUUUG